AUGUGGGCAGCAUUGCAGGGUUGUGAUGAAAUCGUUGAUGCUCUAUUAACAGCAGGAUCCAAACCUGAACAGAAGAAUAAGUGCGAGUUGAGCAAGAGAUACACCCUGGUCCCACUAAGUGAGCUGGCUUGUGUUGUUGAACAUCAUGUGAACAGUGAGUUAGCUCAGCUCUCUGGCACGGAUUCAACUGUUGGUUCAACUGGCGGCUCGUUUGGUGAGACUGCAUUUGAUUUUGCUAUGGAAAAAGGUCACUUGUCUACAGCUGGUCGGUUGGUGUUGGCAAGUAAAAGAGCUGAAGAUCUUACAGUUGAGACUCUUCCUCUCGUGUUCCAUUGGGCAUGUAAGAACAAGAGAGUUGAUGUUGCAAGAAAUAUUGUGGAACAUCACGGAACAGAAUGGAAGGACAAAGAUGGUCGUGAUGCAUUGGAUAUUGUGGCUGUUUAUGACAACGUGGACAUUGCUGACAUCAUCCUGAAGAGAAGACUGGCACACGGCAAUGAUGUGGAAACGACUGUUUCUAUGUCAAUAGAAGAUGUUGCAGUGGAGACUCGAUGUGUCGUGUUACACUGGGCACACAAGAACAGUAGAGUGGAUGUGAUAAGAAAGAUAGUGGAGCAGGGAACAGAAAUGAAGGACGACUUUGGACGAACUUUACUUCACUAUGCUGCUGAUCAUGGCAACUGUGAUGUGGUUGAUGUUCUCUUGAGCAAGAAGGCAGAUGCUGAUGCUACAGACAAGGAUGGGAAGAGACCUUUUGAUUUGGCUAUGAGGAAUGGUCACUUGUCUACAGCUGGUCGGUUGGUGUUGGCAGGUGAAAGAGUUGAAGAUCUUACAGUUGAGACUCAUCCUCUCGUGUUCCAUUGGGCAUGUAAGAACAAGAGAGUUGAUGUUGCAAGAAAUAUUGUGGAACAUCACGGAACAGAAUGGAAGGACAAAGUAGGGAUUUGUCAACUUGUUGUGAUUGUGUCAUUGAGUAGUGUGUGA